UGGCUGCGGCGGCUGAGGGGGAGCGCGGCUCGGCGGGGCUGAGCGGCCCAUGGGGCCGGGCCGCGGCUCGCAUGGAGCCGCUGCCCAACGGCGGCCGUGGUGGGGCGGAGGAGAAGCCGCGGCGGAGAGGAGUGGGGCCGGAGGCCGGAGCUCCGGGCCGGAGGAGCAGCGGGGCCGCGGCCGGCGCUGACAGCGCGGCGGGGCCGCAGCCUCGGGAACGGAUCGGUUCCGUCAGCCGGCAGCGGAGGGACUCGGUCCGCAAGAACCGGCCGCCGUUCCCAUGGUUUGGUUUGGAUAUCGGAGGCACCUUGGUCAAACUCGUGUAUUUUGAACCAAAGGACAUCACAGCUGAAGAGGAAGAAGAAGAAGUGGAAAACCUCAAAAGCAUCCGUAAAUACCUGACAUCAAACGUAGCUUAUGGAUCCACAGGCAUCCGGGAUGUGCACUUGGAACUAAAGGACCUUACCCUGUGUGGACGUAAAGGCAAUCUGCACUUUAUACGCUUUCCUACUCAUGACAUGCCUGCUUUUAUCCAAAUGGGAAGCGAAAAGCACUUCUCAAGCCUCCAUACUACCUUAUGUGCCACGGGAGGUGGAGCGUACAAAUUUGAGCAGGACUUUCUCACAAUGGGUGACCUUCAGCUCUGCAAACUGGAUGAACUCGAUUGCCUUAUUAAAGGAGUUCUGUACAUUGAUUCCGUUGGCUUCAAUGGACACUCCGAGUGUUACUAUUUUGAAAACCCAACGGAUGCUGAGAGGUGUCAGAAGCUCCCAUUCAACCUGGAGAACCCCUAUCCUCUCCUGCUGGUGAACAUUGGCUCAGGGGUUAGCAUUUUGGCUGUGUAUUCAAAAGACAACUAUAAGCGGGUGACAGGCACCAGCCUUGGAGGAGGAACCUUUUUUGGUCUCUGCUGCCUUCUGACUGGUUGCUCCACCUUUGAAGAGGCUCUUGAGAUGGCAUCACAUGGGGACAGCACCAAAGUGGACAAACUGGUGCGGGACAUCUACGGAGGAGACUACGAGCGGUUCGGGUUGCCAGGCUGGGCUGUGGCAUCCAGCUUUGGAAACAUGAUGAGCAAGGAGAAGCGGGACUCUGUCAGCAAAGAGGACCUGGCCAAGGCUACUCUAAUAACCAUCACGAACAACAUCGGCUCCAUAGCACGGAUGUGUGCACUGAAUGAGAACAUCAAUCGAGUGGUGUUUGUUGGCAACUUCCUUCGGAUCAAUACCAUCUCCAUGAGACUCCUGGCCUAUGCUUUGGAUUACUGGUCGAAGGGACAGCUGAAAGCACUUUUCUUGGAGCAUGAGGGUUAUUUUGGUGCAGUCGGGGCUCUUCUGGAACUCCUGGAUUCCCCUUGACUCUGGGCAGAUUCCUGACACUGGAUCUAUGAAGUCGGGGUGCUUCCUGGGUCACCCCAUUUCAUGGGAAGCAAAGGGAAGGACUCUUGUGUUGGUGUCUGUGUGAACCCCAUCCCCAGCAACAAGCAGGUUGGUUCAGGAGGAGAACGUGCAGCUGCACUGCUGAACGUGGUGCUUGUGUCUGGAUCAUCUGUAGGACCUGUAGCAUUCCCAUCACAUCCCCCUUUCCAUGCAACCUGUGUUUAAUGGGAUGGAACAGCAGGAAUCCAUCAGGAUCCCUGUGAGUGCAGCAUGUGCUGGGUUUGUGCUCCCAGAGCUCAGCCUGCAGCGUUCUGUGCCCCCCCCACCAUGAAAGGUGUCAUGUCCUUAGUAUGUUGUGUGUCCAGGGGACAGAGCCCAGCAUCCCAAAUCCAUAGGGCUGGAAUCUGUGUCCUCUGAACUGUUGGAACACGCUGGGCUCUCCACAGGGCUUCACUCCUGUUACAACCCUUUCUUACCUGGACACUGGAGACCAAAGGUGAGGCACAAAUCCUGUGUCCCAGGUUCAUUCCCAUUUUACCCUCCAACACUUCCAUACCGACCACACCACCCUUUGGGAUGUGCUGGAAGGUCUCAACCUCUGACCUGGACGUUGCUAAGUCAAAUGUAAGGAUGAAACUCUAGGGUUUGAUGUUGUGUGUUUGCUUGUUUUAUAUCCUUGCUCUGUUGUUCAACUCUGCUGCAUAGAACUAUACCAAAGAGCUCCUGGUUUUCACUUGGACACUUGGGAUCUGCUCUGGAAUCUCCCUUUUACAUGUACGGAUUGCUGAAGUGUUGUAGCUUCGGGGGGAAUCCUCUCUGCUUCCCAUAACCAUGCUGCACUGCUCUGCUGCCUCUGUGCACGCAGCCUGCAAUGUGGAGCUGAGUGCAGGAUCCCUGAGGAUCAAACACCUUGGGAUGUGGAUUGUACUGAAUAAAGGCUCUUGGAACAACUGUGA